UGCCCCUCAGCUGGAGCUCCCGGUGUGUGGAGCCAGCGUACAGGAGGAGUGCACUUCCCCUGGCUGAUCCCUGCCUGCGGGAACAACAGGACUAAGCCAGUCACACAUCACCCUGGGGAUUAGUCGCAGGAGCAACUUGGAACGCCAUCCCGGCACGGAAUUUUGUUCCUAUGUAACAUCCGCGACCGUGGCAGCAUGAAGAAAUCAGUCCACUCAGGAAUCGCCAGGACCUCCAGUGGGAGACUUCGGCGACUCGGUGACCCAACAAGUCCAACUCUGAAGCGAUCUUUCGAGGUCGAGGAGGUAGACCAGUCUCCAAACUCCUCCACACCGCAAAGACGGACCCCGAACCCUCUCCUCAGGUCCACCGUAUCCAGCUCCACACAGAAAUUCCAGGAUCUCAGUGCCAGGAAUUCAGAGGCACCUGCCAGACAUGCAGACUCUCCAGGCCAAAGGUCACCUAAGUCGUCUCUGAGGAGGGUGGAGCUCUCCGGACCCAAACUCCCUGAGCCUGUGUCACGAAGAACAGAAAUCUCCAUUGAUAUCUCAUCCAAGCAAGUGGAAAACUCCACUCCAGGGUUAUCAAGGUUCGGCCUCAAGAGAGCAGAGGGGCUGGGGCACAAACCCCCUGAGCCCACUCCAAGAAGGACUGAGAUCACUAUAGGCAAGCCUCAGGAGCCCGCUGUCCGGAGGAUGGAAGCCCCCACCUCAAAGAUCCCGGAGCUGCCCCAGCGGAGAGCCGACACAGCCAGUGCCCCUGUGCCGGACGUUGCCACCAAACGGGUAGAAAUCCAGGUGGCAAAGUCUCCAGAGGUCCCAGUCCCACCUGUCAGGCAAGUGGAGAAUUUGGAGCCUUCCUUGACCAGUCAACAUCUCCAACCAGAAUCAAAGCCGCAACCAGUAAUGGCUGAAAUCCCUCCAAAGAGUCCAGAGGGUCCAGAGGCAGUUCCCAGUUACACGCCCAGCAUGACAGACGCCCCCAGAGACGCCGGCCUCAAGCAGGCGGCACCACCACGGCCCGAAAAGCCGGCUCCCGACUUCAGCUACGUCGGGAUCGACGCCAUCCUCGAGCAGAUGAGAAGGAAAGCCAUGAAGCAGGGAUUUGAGUUCAACAUCAUGGUAGUUGGUCAGAGUGGCUUGGGGAAGUCCACGUUAAUCAACACCCUCUUCAAAUCCAAAGUCAGCCGGAAAUCCGUUCAGCCAGCUUCUGAAGAGCGGAUCCCCAAAACCAUCGAAAUAAAGUCGAUCACUCAUGAUAUUGAGGAGAAAGGCGUCCGUAUGAAGCUGACCGUCAUUGACACCCCAGGGUUUGGAGACCACAUCAACAAUGAGAACUGCUGGCAGCCCAUCAUGAAGUUCAUCAAUGACCAGUACGAGAAGUACUUGCAGGAGGAGCUCAAUGUUAACCGGAAGAGGCGGAUCCCAGACACCAGGGUGCACUGCUGUAUAUACUUCAUCCCAGCCACCGGCCAUGCCCUCCGACCGCUAGACAUCGAAUUCAUGAGACGCCUGAGCAAAGUGGUGAACAUCGUGCCAGUCAUCGCCAAAGCCGACACGUUAACGCUGGAGGAGAGAGACUACUUCAAAAAACGGAUCACGGCUGACCUGCUCUCCAAUGACAUUGACGUGUAUCCCCAGAAGGAGUUUGAUGAAGACUCUGAGGACCGGCUUGUGAAUGAGAAAUUCAGAGAAAUGAUUCCAUUUGCAGUGGUGGGCAGUGACCAGGAAUACCAGGUUAAUGGGAGAAGAAUUCUUGGAAGGAAAACAAAGUGGGGCACCAUUGAAGUUGAGAACACGACACACUGUGAGUUUGCUUAUCUGCGGGAUCUCCUGAUCAGGACACACAUGCAGAACAUCAAGGACAUUACCAGCGGCUUCCACUUUGAAGCCUACAGAGUGAAGCGGUUGAACGAGGGCCGGAGUGCGCUCUCCAACGGCGUGGCCGACCAGGAGGCCAACGAAAUGUAACCGUCUCGCUCCGUCGCCAGGACCCAACGCGCUCGCGCUCUCAUUUCUUCCCCUCCCCCCUUUAUUUUUAUAUAAUUCUUCUGCCACUGCCACCGUCCCCCUCCCCCGCGCUGCCGAUGUUAACUGACCAAAUAACCCGAUGCCGUAUCUAUCGUGAAAAGCGUGGUGACUGCCAGUCCCCUGGCGCUGCCCGCCUCGUGGCGCAGGGGUUCCGUUCUCAGCUCCUGUUGGGCGUAACGAGGGGCAGCUGGGUGGUUAGACAGGAUGGCAGGGGAGGGAGAAGGGAGGGGAGGAGAUGACUGUCCCAUGUCAGAAGUCAGGCCUUGGCUACACUGGCGCUGUACAGCGCUGCAACUUCCUGCGCUCAGGGGUGUGAAAACACACACCCCGAGCGCAAGUGCAGCGCUGUAAAGCACCAGUGUAAUCAGCGCUGCACGCUCGCUCGCAGCGCUGCAAGCUAUUCCCCUCGGAGAGGUGGAGUACUUGCAGCGCUGCGAGAGAGCUCUCUCGCUGGCGGCGCGACUACAGCCGCGCAGCGCUGUGAAUCCCCAAGUGUAGCCAAGGCCUCAGUCUCUAUUUAUUCUCUAACACUAGCCCAAAGUGUAACCCCAGGGUAGGUGGAAGAGCCCCCUCCUCGUGAAAGCCUGCUCCAACUAACUCUACCUGGCUUCACCAGGAGCUGGAGCGGGCCCCGAGGGUUGCUUUAUAAUGAAAUCCAAGCCAUUAGGUAGGGGUGAGUCUCCUCCUCCUUGCUCAUAGGAGCCGAUCAUGAAAUUAAUCUGAUUUCUCUCUCCUCCGUGUCUUGAAACGGCACCAUGGAGUGGGGCCGGGGGCUGCCUCGGAGAAGAGGCGGCCUGCCCUCCUUGCUGCCAUGCAUCAUGUCUGUAAAGAUCGUUGGAACCAGAUGGCUUUGCCCUGCGUCACGUGGCUCUUUUAUUUUCUCCUCCGUCCAUUAAAGGCAAGGCUUUCUCUAAGUAAACGUGGCCUUCAUAAGCGAGGUGCGGGCAUGAGGAUAGAUAGGGAAGGUGAUCACAAGCUUACCUCUGCCUCCUUUCUUCUGCCCCCAGCCCUGUGCCUAGCCAACCCACUCACUCCACUCCCUGUCACCUGCCUACAUGCAAUAAGCCAGGAAUGCCAUGGGGUGACUCACAGAUCUCUAAAUCCCAGCCCGCUCUGAGAGAAGUGCCUUUGAAUUCAGCUCCCAUGCAAUAGCUAGUUUGUCUGUGCAGCCUGCCAAAUGCCAAUUGAGAUGGACUCUUCAGAGAUUCUUCUUCCCAGUUUUUCCCUGUCACUCAGUGCUUGGAUCAUACCUAUGGCUGGUUUCCUGGGAACACUUGUGUAUUUAUUUUUAAUUCAGUGUCCUUGUUGAAGGCUCAGAGUACGUUUGUGUAUGAAGGGGGCUGAGAACAGAACCAUCUCUGCAAAGCACGGGCAGGGGGCCGGAAUUCUUUGUACUGUGUGACUUGUGUGUUUUAUUAGGUUUUAAAUAAGCCAGAGGAGGUUGUUGGAUCAAUUUGGUUUAUUCCUUUACCUGGGCAACUUAUAUGUACAUAGCCAGUUCCUUAAUCUGGCAGUGCUUUCUCUAGAGAAGCAUGUGCGUGCACACAGACCGAGCCCCGCAUGCCACACGCAUGUUAGAAGCCUUCAGCUGUAAGAAAGGCUAGGCUGGUAUCUCACGCAAGCUUUGUAGUAUAGGGUCCUUGAUCCCCAACAUGGUCUGUUGACUUAGAUCAGCUACCGUAAACGCCAAGUGUGCUUAAAUGAAACUCCAUGCAGGGACAGAACCACCCAUGUGCAAGUCGAUCUUCGAGCAGAGAUCCAACGCUCUGCCUUCAACUUCUGUCUAAAAGCCCAGCCCCAAAAUUCUGGUGCCUGCCCAACAUCACUUUUCUGACCACCCCCCCACACCCCGCCGUGGAGGUGUAAGACUGUGCCCAGAUUGUCUCCUCUUGGUGCUCCCACUAACUGGCAAAGGUGUCCCAACUUCCAGCCUCACGGAGACUCCUGCAGAGCCCCCUGAGGGAUGAGACCAGUUACACAUUUACAGUUGGUAGGAAGGUUUUGAAAAGGGAUGCUGUUCUCGCCUUGAUUCAGAGGCCCACACGCUCUUUUUCAUCAGUGGAGUAUCUGCAGACUGCUGCUGCUCCCCCCACAUCACUCUUCAGAGACCCAGCCAUAGAGGGUGCUCAGGGCUGCAUCCCUCCACGCCAUUUCCAGCUGUCUUACUAUCCGUGCCAGGCUGGUUGCAACAGGAACCCAUUGCAGGCGCAUUGAGUUUAGCAGGGCCCAAUUCCGCAUGAUAGCAGAGGGAAGUAGCAUCUUGCAAGAUCGCCCCCCUUCGUGCCUGCGUGGGCAGAUGUUCUAUACUGGUGGGUUUGGUUAUGGGACACAUGAUGUGUCUGUGCAGGUGUGUUUGCCUUGCAGGUAAAAUCCGUACUCCCCUUUAACUCUGUUUCGCCCCCCUCCUGGAAAAAAUGUAGGAAUUUUUACAGAGCUGUGUUAAGUUGAGGAAAAUGAAUUAUUUACUUGCUGACUUGCUAUAUUUUAGCAAAAACAAACUAUUGUGUAUUAACUGAAAAAUGUAUGAAUUUCAGGUGUUAAGAAGACUAUUAAAGGGGAGGGUAGAAAGUCUUUUCUGCGUGAUGCACUUCUGCAAUUAUCACCAUCUUAAACUCCUUUCCUAGACAGUAUCUCAAGCUGGGCCAAGCAAGACAUGCCGCUUUCUCCUUUGUAAUCUAAUUUUUGGGAAAAAAAAUGUUUAAAAAAAUUAAUCCAGAUCUAUUAAAUAUGGCCUUUUGGGUGUUAUAUGCAUUAUGACAAAUUUAGUCCUUUUUUGUAUAAAUAAUAGUGUUUAAUAUGUAUUUCCCAAAAUAAAUGUUUCAAAUGCAAAUGGAAAGAGGCUUA